UCGAACUUGUUUAUGAGGUGAAAUCGAUUUUAGGCGUUGUUCCAUCAGUGCGAAUUUCAAGUGCAAUAUUUAAUUACCUAGCUGGUCAUAACUGGACUCGCAAAAAUGUCCCAACCGUACGUGAUCCGCGUGAUGGAGGAGAUGGGCUGGGGCUCGGACGGCGGUUUCAUCCCGAUAGCCAACGAGGAGAACAAGAAACUGCUGGACUAUGUGAACCGGUUGGGCGAUCGGAAAACGGACGGAUCGUCCAAGGUGCAGGUCAGCGAUCAGCGGUUGAACAAUCUGCAGGCCCAUCUGAAGAACGCCCAGGUGGAGUUUGAUCAAAACCUGAAGCUGCUGGCGGAGGACAAGGGUCAGAUCGAUACGGAGCACGGGCUGCUGAAGCUGUCGGAGAACGAUGGCGGCAAGAUGCGAAAGAUGGCCAAGGAGGUGCAGUACGAGCGGGAGGAACUGGAGCGGCACGACCAGCGGGCGCAAAAGGAUAUGAAAAAGCUCACCUCCAACAUGGAACGUUUCACGGAGCGCAUCAAGUGGGCCAAAGCAGCACUAACCGAGUGGAAACAGGUGAUGGGCAACGGCGAAGAAACGAACAAACUGAUCGAAAAAUACUGUAAGCUGGAUGCGGGUCGAGCGGAAACCCUGGAAGCCAAACGGAAAAUCCUCGAAGACAAGGUGUCCAAGCGGCGGACGACGCUGGUAACGCUGGCCGAAGAGUACCGCUCGUUGGAACAGGUACUGGAGAGAACAUCUCAGCUGUACCGGCAGGCUCACUCCGAGCGUCGCCAGUUGGUACUGAAGUGGAAGGAGGCCGUCAAGCACAUGAACCAACGCGAAGACGACAUCAAGGAGGUCGAGGCAGAAAUCGAGAAGGCGCGGGAGAUCAGUGCAAUGCUGAGCGACGACCUGCAAGCUCAGGUGGAGUUCUUGGAGGAACAGGAGCGCAACAACAAGGAAAUAGAGCUGGGUAUCGCCGAGUUGAACGUGGAGGUUUCGAAGUUGAGAAACCGCCUGAACGCGUUAACGGAUAGUGUUCAGCUGAAAACGAACGAGUACCAGAUAACACGCAAAGCGGUACAAAACGUGUCCAACAAGUUGACCGGAAUGCGUAACAAGAAUCGCCAGGCUUUGAUGGAGGAGGCAGAGAAGGAAAGGCAGAUCAACACCAACUUGAGCCAGCUGGAAGAACUGAGAGAAAAGUUUGAAAACUUCAGGAGUAAGACGUUGUGUGCUCAGGAGAGGUUGAGGCAGCUGAACGAAAUCGUUGAGCAGGAAGAGAAGCAGAUCAAGGUGCUCAGCGACGAAACGGCUCGACUGUCGACCGCACUGUAUCGUGCGCAAACGCAACUCGUGUCCAUGCGGGACGAGGAUAAGCUCUUGAAGAUAGAGAUUCACUCGAUGGAUUCGGGAAUAGUGAAGAUCAAGGCAGCGAUGAAGGUACAAGAGAAGGAAAUUAUCCGCCAAACUGAGAUUUCGUACAGCGUUGAUUACAAUAUGGAGAAAAUCGAGAAGAGAAUAGCAAACAUGAAGGGCGAGAACAAGCAGGAGGGGACGAGUAGAGCGCACGCGAAAUUAGUGCAGGCGGAAGCGAUUUACUACGCGCGUAUGCAGAAUCACUCGUUGCUUCAGGCUCAGAUUGCGAAAAUUCAAAUCGAUUUCCGGAAUUUGAACGCAAUUUAUCAGCAGGAUUGUGUGGAGAUUGAGAGAAUGAUCGGAAAGUUGAAGGAAAAGUCGUUGAUGGUCGAAGGUGGUGAGAAGAAGAUGAGGCAGUGUACGACGGAAAAUCAGGAACGGUUGGUGGAGAAAAGUUUGCUGAAGAUGCGUAUCAACCAGAUGGAGAUGCUGGUAAAUAAACAGAAUGAUAAGAUGUACACGCUGGAGCGCCAUCGAAUGGAACUGGAAACGGCAAUCAACGAGAGGUUGAUCGAUAUCAAGUCACAGAAGGAUAUGCUGAUGUUGAAGAAGAAGUAUUUGCAUGACGAACGGGCACAGUUGAAGGCGGAUAUUAGCGAGAGGACGUUGAAGAUCGACCAGCUGAAGAACCGGUAUGAGUUAUCGUUGGAUUUGUUAGGGAAGAACGAUGACGGAAGCAUUGUUACGGCAACACAGAUUAAGAUUCAAAACGCACAGGAAAAGUACAUGCUGUUGAGAGAAGGUAGCGAGCUGAAUGUGAAGAUCUUAAAAGCGGAAGAGGAUUUGAAAGCUCUAGAGAACACCUUGAAAUUGAUGAACUUUUCAAAUGAGACGUACAAGCGUGGUUUUCAGAAAGUGGAUGAAGACAAUCCUGAAAUUCAACAAAUGAAUAACGUUCAGAACGAUUACUGUAAGGCAUUGUCGGCGUUGAAAAGCGUGAGAACCGACUUGGCGUUUAACACGGAGAACUUGCACAACUUGAACGAGGAGAGGGAGGAAAGCGAUAAAGCGUUGGAGGUUACAACGAAGGUUCGACUGGAUAACAACGACAUACUAAUCAAGAUUCAGAAGGAGUUGCUCGAUCAGAAGACGAAGAUUCAACGCGCGGAACGGGAACUUCGGUUGGCCAUCAAGGCGGCCCGCGCAAAGACCCACGACGAAGACCUGCUGCAUACCUUUCAGAAGGAUCUGAACCUGAAGGAACUGGAAGAGCGCAACAACAUGGCACUGCAUCAGAUGGCCGAUUUGAUUGAGAUAUUCCAGGAGCUGAAUCCGACGGUGAACAAGUACUUCUACGACAAGGGUUUGCGGCUGCCGGUGGUACGGCGGGCCAAGAGCCAGAUAUCGUGGCGUAGCGAGAACUCUCCCGGAUCGGACUACAGCGGACGGGACGAAUCGGGAUCAUCGAAACAAGCAUCCAAAAUGUCCAUGUGUUCGGCAUCGACGCGUUCGUCCGACUCGUCCGAGAACAUUGCCAAAUCGUUCGACAACCGGAUGAGCGCCGGGCUCUCGGUGAUCCUGAUCGACUUUCCCGGAGCCAGUGGUAGCAAAAAGUGCGGCCCCGGUGGAGGAAAUCACAAUAAGAAGUAACCCCCUAUUUAUCUGGAUGUGUAUGAAUUGAUGGCGACAAUGACAACGGCAAUGUUCUUUCACCUUCUAUCCGUCAUGUAAACCAAAUAUUUUUGUACAUUUCAGUUGACCAUCAUUGUCAAAUUUA